AUGUAUGUGAAAUGGUUUGAUACAGUAAUGUUUUACUAUGUGAUUUUAGUGUAUUUAGUGAAUGUCACUUUUUCACAUUUUUAAAUUUCCCGCCGUUCCAUCCCCCGUAUGUCCUGACGUCGCAGGGAACGGAACCCAGAAGACAGAUGCUGGCAUCGGCCGGAGGACAUUGCCGGGGACACUGCAGGAGGGACAUCGCGGGAGCGCAGGACAAGGUAAGUGAAGGUAAGUGAAGAAGAGAUCCUAGAGCAGCGCUGCAGGGUAUUCCCGAGUGUAGCUCGGGGUUACCUCUUGUGCUACACUCGGGAAUACCGCCAGGGAGGUUA